AUGGAGACAGACAAAAGGCAAAGAGUCAACGAGUUGCUGAAGCAAUUGCAAGCACCUGUUGCCGACCUCACGACAUUGUUUGCUCUUCUCAGCACUCCUUUAGAAGCCAUCGGUCUACUCCCUCCUCAAUUCAGGCAUUGUGUCUCAAGUCCCCUCCCAGAAGGUGCUGUUGAUGUCAGGAAACAUAUUCCUUUCCUUCAGCGCAUAAUCUUGGAACAUAUCGCCCCGACCUGGGAUGUGUUAAUCGCGGAAAAGCACGCAGACUCAUUGUUGGAGCAAUACUUCUGUCCCGAUGGUUUCUCGAAUGCCUCGAUAUGCUCGGGGGAGGUGGCCAUCUCCGCAUAUUCAACUUUGGUUUCAUCCGCGCUAGAGGGGUUCUCAAUGAGAAUGCUUGAACGUCUCACCGUUCAGUACCCUCUUGAUAGGCUACACACUGCCGUCUUUGCUGGAAAGCACCUAGAUGUCGUUGCGACGGAGUCACGUUGGCAAGAUUGUGUUCACAGCCUUACUGGGGUCCCAGCCAAGGUCGCCAAUGCAGCUGGCAACAAAAAUCCCAUUCCACGCGCACUGGAGCAUGGAUUUUAUUUCAACAGCAUCUGCACUCGUUGUGAACAGCUAAUCUUUGAAUUGGCAAAACAAAACUCAAAAGGUUCUUCUGUAGCCUCCGUCACUUACCUGCUAUUGAAACUCGUCAACCUUGGCGUCUUCCCACCCAAUCGGCCGGUCCAGAGGUCUCAACCAUCCUUCUUCGAAACGACGUUGUCUACUAUUCGCUCCAGACUCAGCGCCAAUGAUAGUCAAGAGUAUUCUAUAUACUGGCAUUCAAUCUUUCUUAACGUACCAUCAAUUCUCGCACUCCGAUCUAUCCUGACCUCUCUAUUUGCCACACUGCCGGUCGUUGGGAGUACUUUGGACCCCAUAUUACGGGAGGGUGCAUUUGUCAAGAGAGAUGCUUUUCUUCUUUUUGAAUUGAUAGGACCUUUGGUACCUGAAACACAAGAAGUAUGGGACAUUGCCGUCCCUCUGAUCAUCGAGCGUGAUUGGGGUGAGUCCUUUGCACGGAUAUUUGUUUGUUGGAUAUCGGGAGGCUUUUCUGGGAAAGAAGUCAACGCAAAAGUCCUCUAUUCCUUCCUUCAAGACGUGCUAGAAACAUGGUCAUCUCCGGAACAUAUCAAACACUCCCUGCUUUCUCGACAUCGAUACGUCACCUCUCUGCUCCUUCUUGCUGCAUCAUAUCUUCCACCUAAUUCGCAGUACACACAAUCAUUGGCCUCUUCAUCAUCCUUUGUCCAGGCGAUCGGAAAGUACAUAUCGCAUUAUGAUGGCUCUGUACGUCGUUGCGGGAUGCUUGCAGGGGAAGUGGUUGCCAGCAUGUGCGAUAAAAAAUUGGACUUUGGCGACUGGGACGGAGAGGAUGCCGGGAAACCUUGGGCCAGAGGUCUGCGCCAAUUGUUAAAGAAAAGAGACGUAGAGUCAAAUACGAACGACUUCGACGGCGAAGACAACGACAUCGAAAGAGAGGAGAUACCUGCCUAUGUGCCGUCAGGUAGUCCGGAAGCGGAAACCCCUCUAGUAACAUUCCCUGACAUCACCAACGGCUGUGAUUCUGACGACUCAUUGACUGGCUACGCAUCUCAAAACUCGUCUCGGUCUGCAUCUCCCAGUCCCUCCGAUCUAGCUGAAAUUGAAAGAGACCCCACCCUCAAUGUUGGCAUUAAAAAGGUUGCCCGACCUGUGUAUCUCGCUCAGCUUGGAGACCUUCUACGUAGCGUGUCGCAAAAAUCUGGGCCAGAUGAUCCUCACGAGGCUGACAAGAUCGAAAUGGCUUUGAACUGCGCCGAGGAGUUGAUACGGAAGAAAAAAGACUACGGCACAGAACUCCACGAGAACGCGGUGCACCUGGUAUACCAGUUGCUAUCUUUAAACGACAAUUACGAUCUAGAUGAUUUUGCUGAGAAACGUCAAGGAUCACUAAAUGCGCUCAUUUCCUGUUCACCCCGAAAGGCUGCGCCUGUUCUUAUCGAAGAAUUUUUCAAAAAUCAAUAUUCUACCGACCAGCGCAAUGUUGCACUCAACGCGUUGGCAGUGGGUGCAAGGGAGCUUGCGUCAUUGCCUGUUCCACCUUCAAGAGUUUCCAGCAACAGCAUCGCCUUUCCAAGCAAGACUUUAUCUGCACCACUUCAUCGCAAGUAUGUAUUGUCUAGCCGAACAGAUACGGGCGUGGUUCCUCGCAUUAUGGAUGACAUCAGCUGCAAAUCAAUUGACAAACAAAGAGACCCAGGGAUUAGAGAACUACCUCAAUUAUCCCGCGAGCGCCGGCUCCGCAUACGGAAAUCACCUGAAAUCUCCGAGGUUGUUUCUACCCGCAUUCCGUCGCAAAUUUCGCGUCCACUUCAACGACCAGCCGUUUGUUUUACGGACGUUGCAGCAGAAUACUUUUUAGUACCCCUGAUAAAUCGCUUCUGGCAAUUCCUACGUGACGAACAGACAAGAGAACAGCGCACAUCUCACCAUAAGGGGCAGUCUUAUCGCGGAGCGGGUACCGGACUGAUUCUCAACCCUCUCGUACUUUCCCAGUUUCUCCGUACCGUGGCAAUUCUGGUUCACGCUUCUCAAAAUGCGCCUGAAUGGCUUGCAAUUAUAGCAGUAAAUGCGCUGGAACUCGCGGUCACUAUUGGUACGCAACCUGUCUCUCGCACAGAUACGGAACUUGAGUGGAACCAUGACACCGAACUGGGUGUGAGAGGGCAGGAUGCUUCGGUUUUGACAGCCGCCCUGGAACUUGCGCUCGUUGUACUUGAUGGAAGCCACGAAGUUGACGGUGGAAAGUUGCUUAGUCUCGAACACACAACCAUUUUACUUGGCACAGGAGAAUGGGCAGGUAAAGUUUUCUCCGCGCUUGAAAAAGGUAUCAAGGCAGAAGGAGGGGGUGGCUUGCACGAGGUCAAGCUGAGAAGGGCAGCUGCUGGGGUUCUUCUGAAAGUCGAUGAAAUUACAUCAGUCUGGAAGAGGUCGAUGUUAGAUACAAGAUAA